CAAAAAUGUCACGUUUUACCGCGGAUGAGGACAUUUACGACUUUUCGCGGGUAUGUGAACGCGGCAGAAAGUUUUAACUGUCAACAAACUGCGUUCUCGCUCAGGUUCCUGUUUGCUUAGGUAAACUCGUCUAUCUGCAAAUUAGUCCUCUCGGAGAGUGAGAGGACAUGAAAAUAUGUAAAAGUCCUGCGGUGUAGAUAAAACUGAGCUCAGGCAUGGAGAACCGGGCUGUGUCGGUGCUGGACAAACCCGCGGCGGUGCUCACGGUUGUGGAUGUGUAUGAGAUAGCGGCGGUGCUAGGGCAGGAGUUUGAGCGGAUGAUAGACAAGUUUGGCUGCGACGCUCUCGUCGCAUUGGUGCCCCGAGUGGUUCGGGUCCUGGAGCUACUGGAGGCGCUGGUGAGCCGCGGAGCCACUGGGCAGGAGGCCGAGGACCUGCGGAGGGAGCUUGACAGACUGCGGCAGGAGCGGAGCGACAGACACGAGCAGGAGAGGAAGCACCAGAAGGAGUUGGAGUUGCUGGAGGAUGUGUGGAGAGGAGAAGUCCAGGACCUGCUUUCUCAAAUCACUCAGCUUCAGGCGGAGAACAAGAGGCUGCUGGUGAGCCUCUCACUUAAAGAGACACCGGUCACAGAGGAAGAUCUGCAGAAACAUGAAGGAAUGUCAGAGAAAGAAAAACAAGUGAUGAAGAAACUUCAAGACUUGGUGGAUAAACAGAGAGACGACAUCCGGGCUAAAGAUCAUGAGCUAACGCUAAAAAAUGAGGAUAUCGAGGCGAAUUCAUGGAGCAAAUUCUCUGAACUUCAGCUCCAGCUGCAGCAGCAUCGGCUGAUAAGGAUGAACCAGGAGCUUCUUCACAGGAUAGGACUGAUGGAGGCCCAGGGCAAGACCCUGAUUCAGCAGAGGGCUGAGCUGGAAGCUGCAGCCCAGGCACAACACCAGGAAGCGGGGGCUCUGCGGCUGGAGGUCACCAGGCUGAAAAAGGAGCUGCGGGAGCUGGAACAAGAGAUAGAAGUCGCUCAGACAGAAGAGUUGCCUCUGUCAAAUUCUGAGAUUUCUUCACCUGCAUCCCCACUGAUGACUUCUGCAGCAGCAGCAGCUCACCUUUCUAGCUCCUUCAAACCAAAUUCAGUGUGGGUGGAGUGUGGGGCAGAUCCAGACUUUCUGGAAAACUGUUUCGAGUGCGACAAGAGUCUUUCCUUUCUCCGAAAGUCAGCAAACAGAGAGGAUAACAAGGAAGACGGAGAUGAAGAGGAGAACUCAACAACAUUGUUGCUGAAUGGAUCGACGGAUGAAGAGCCAGAGGAGGACUCGGACAAGCCUCGCUUCACCCUGCAGGAGCUGCGGGACGUCCUGCAGGAGAAGAAUGAACUCAAAGCUCAGGUGUUCCUGCUGCAGGAGGAGCUGGCAUACUAUAAAAGUGAUGAGCUGAACACUGAGGAGAACACCGGCUCCAUUGUCUCCUCUCCGUCUCCUCCUCCGAGCUUACCUGUGGCUGAUCAACGUGAAUCAGGAAUAAGACGCUUGAUCUUCACAGCUAUUAUGCCAAUGGUGGCUGCCGGUUUGAUCACAGACGAUCCAACAUUGUUGCCAAUCAGAAGACUUUCCUUCGUAUGACCUUUUUUUUUUUUUAAACCACACCAUCUCAGCACGAGUUUUCUGACCGACACGCCUGGGUUUAAUGGCUCCGAUCCUUAAUUAUUAAAAACUAAAACCAUCUUGUGUUUUUACAUUUAAAAAUGUGGCAAUUUAAGGAAUUGAUGUUUAUUUUGAUGAUACUUCUUGUUUUUAUUUUUGCUACUUUGAGCUUUACAUAAACUUCAGCAGUUAAAAUGUGAGGCAAAUGGCCAUAUCUGGACCUUCUCAGGUGUUUUUAUGACCUGUCACAGUCAUAUUUUAUGUCUUUGGAAAGUCACCACCUGUAAGUGCUUUGCUUUAUGCAGAUAUACUGAGGGAGACUUUUGAUGCUGCACAUGUCAGACGCUUUAUAUUAGCAUUUAAGCUUCUUAUUGCAUGGCUCCAAAUACAUAUACACAUAUACAGAGUAUUUGUUGAGACUAUAAACUGAAUGUCUUGUUUGGUUCAUGUUGAGAUGCAUCUGAUAGCAAAGUAAGCACAUGAUCAUGAAAGUUGAAGUGCCUUUAUUCUAUGAGCUCAUCAUGAAGAGAGUGCGCUUCUGCUAAUCACUACAGCCUGGCACCAAACAUCGUGGUGUACACUGGCAAGUCUUAAUCUCCAGGAGAAGUAUAUUCCAUCACAAAUGAAUACUCUAUAAAUACUAUCAUAGCUACUGGUAUGUGCCAGGAUGCACAGGGAAAAUAAUGUUUGUUUGAAAUAAAGUAAUAAAGUUUUAUUUUUAAACUUUUGAAUUUUUUUGGUGUCACAAUGAAGCACAGUCGAUAUUUUGCUCUUUUUAAAAAAAUAUCUUCAUUAAUUUUGCAAAAUUAGCAAGCAGAAAGAAAGCAAAACUGAAAAAGGAAUAACUAGGGAAAAGAGCUCCUGUUGUUAUGCAUAGAAUACCAUUUGACCAUUAAAAACAUAUCCAGACACAUUAAUGCUGAAUUAAUGAUUCACAGAGCAGUGGAAGUGCAUUUUAUGGGCAUUACAAACCAUUAACUAUGUAUAACUAUUACAACUGUUAAGCACUGUCCUUACUUCUGUAUCAUAAAAAUACUAAAAGGGCCAUUGCUCUCAAAUCAACCAAGCCUUCUGCUCAGCCAUCUUUAAUUUGCAUAAACAUUUCAUGGUCCAAAAUUUGAACAUUUGUAAUGACAGCUGAGAUAUUUUAGCUUCAUAUAUCAGAUAAUUAAUAUAGCAGACCUUCUUUUCCACACAUUGAAAUCUGAAAUUAUGUCUGGACAUAAUUAUUUCAACAACUAUUAAAGUUAAAAACCUGAAAAUUCUACUGGUUAUACUUCUCAUAAAAACGAGCCAGAAUUAGCCAUACAUCAAAAUUUUUCAAUUUACUUGGUAGUUAAAAUUUAAAUUAAAAAAAGGUCAGUAAUCCUGCAAAGUCCCAUAAUUGAGCACACAUAAAUAAAACUUCAAAUUGCUAAAGAUUUCUGAAAGACAUACAGUUGAAUUACACAAUACCAUGAUAUUUUUAUUCAGUUUAUAUGCUAGAUUAAGCUACCCCACAAAAAGUACACAAAGAUCGGAGAUGUACAGUUUCUGAAUUCCUGAAACAACUAUUUUCCCAGAUAUGACCCACUGGAGCACAGAUGUGGGUUAAAUUUUAUCCGGAACAG